AUGCCACCCCCCGAACCUCUCAUUACCAGCAGCCAUGCCCACGGCAACAGUCCCCUAGCCGCCCCUCUCAAAACCGCCAUUCUGGUAGAGGAACCUACCAAGCCGGCUUCGCGCCCUUCUACUGGAGACAGCGGUUUCAACUUCGACACAAUAUCGCAACCCGAUGCCGGUUCGCUGCGCAGCGAUGGCGCCCCGAGCACGACCAGCAGCGGUCGCUUCUUCCGCGACAACUUCAACCUGGCAGCCGGCGACGGCAAGCGCUCACAAUCGGCAAGCCCGUUCCGUAUAUCGAUGCCUUACAUCACCCCGGGUCAGCUCGCAUUCUCCGCCAUGCAAUAUCUGCCCGUCCCGUUGUUGGUCCUGAACAACCUCAAAACCGUAGUGCUUGCGAACGAAGCGAUGGGCAGGAUGCUUGGCAUGACCAACGACGCACUCGAAGACAACUCCUACGUGGCCGAGAGGUUGAGAGGGCAAUCACUGUCCCAAGUGGGCAUUGACAUGAUCCAGGAAGGACGCCCGGUAUGGGUCGGAUGGGAAGCGUUCUUGGACUCCCUCGUACUGGAAAUGGGUGCGAGACAGGCAUCGAAAGACGCCGGCGACAUGUUCGCUCAAGGCCAAGGCGGAGAAGCGACACCAACACCCAAUUCUCUGGCCCCACCGUUGCCGGACGCGCAGUCGAGCCCGUCGAUGGUCAAGGACGCCGUGGUCGACGUGAUUAUUUCCCGGAAAGAGCUUGGCAAGCCCGGAUACGAUCCUCGGAGAAAGACUGGUGCAUCGGAACACCAGGUUUACGCCAAGAUGAUUGUGACGAUCUGGGAGAUUGAGGAUCACCAGGUCUACUUCACGUUGACAUUCACGAGCUCCCAAUCGCCGACGUCAUCGCUCGUGUCAAACCGCAAGGCUGUGGCGAAAUCCAACAUUCUGGAGCAAGCGGACCGCAAAACGAUUUCGAAUUCGAACCCGCCCUCCGUCAGCUCCAGCCACGACUCGAGUUCGCCGUCUUUCCGUGUAAGCCCUAGUGCGGUUUCGCUGUCGUCGAGCCCAUUCCCUCCCAUGGGGCCGCCUUCAACGGCAGCACACGCGAGCACGCCUUCGAUUUUGCAAAAAAUGAUUCUCAUGAAGGACGCCUUACUCGACAACACGACAAUGCCGAUUCUUGCCAUGUGGAAGGACGGCAGCGUGACGUUUCCCAACCGGGCCGCCCGCAUCCUCCUGCGCCAAGAAAGCGACUUGGAAAAGUCUUCGGACGGCUUCGACUUACUGCCCGGCUGGACUAUCUACGACGGGGACUUCACAAGGGAGCUGGACGUUGGCGAGUAUCCCAUUUCCAUCCUGCUGCGAACGGAGACGCCCUUCAGCAACAUGCGCGUGGGCAUGAUCGAUCACAACGGCAAGAGGAGAGUUUACGAUGCCCUAGGAGAAGCGAUUCGUGAUGAUAGCACAGGCGAAUUCCUGGCCGGAGUUGUCACCUUCCGAGAUGUCACCAAGAUGACGGAAGAGAUCACCGAGAUAAAGGAGCGCGACGAGGAGCGUUUCAAGCUGAUUUGCGACACCAUGCCGCAAUUAGUAUGGACCACGAGACCAGACGGCUACCACGACUUUUUCAAUACCCGUUGGUACACGUAUACGGGCCUAACGCCCGAAGAAUCAUUAGGCCUCGGAUGGAAGCAUCCAUUUCACCCGGACGAUAUGCCCGAAACCACCAAGAGAUGGUUCCAUUCGCUGGCAACCGGCGACCCCUACGUGACCGAGUAUCGGUGCCGCAGCAAGACUGGCGAAUGGCGGUGGAUGUUAGGAAGAGCUCUACCGCUAAGGAACAAGGAGACUGGCGAAAUCGAGAAGUGGUUUGGAACCUGCACGGAUGUAAACGAAGGCAUUGAGGCCAAGCUCGCGGCCCGAAGCACCAGGCAACAGCUCCUGAGCGUUCUUGCGCACUCGCAAGUCACGAUAUUCACUGUCGACACCAAGCUCAAGCUCACAAUGUUGGAGGGUGCUCUUAUCUGGGACAGCAACGGAGAAGACAGUACGUCUUAUCAUUCGAGCUGGUUCAUUGGGCAGGACAUGUAUGAAGUCUUCAACCGCCUCAAUCCUCAGCUCAAGUCCGGAGAGCGGCCCAAGUUUCUGCGACCCGUCGAAGACAUCUUGGCGGGUGGAAAGACGGAAGAAGUGGCAGAACACGGCAUGGAUGGCCGAUGGUACCGCACGAGGUUUUUGCCGAUCCUCGGCAAGAAGGCCAAAGAAGGCAUCGUGACGAACGAGACUUGCAUCGAAGGCGUAAUCGGUGUCAUUAUGGACGUCAGUGAGCUCAAGGAGAAGGCUGAGGAUCUUGAGGAAGAGUCCCGCGAGAAGAAGCAAGCAAUGGCCAAUGAGGCGGCUGCCAAGGAGGCCAACAGACUGAAGAGUCAAUUCCUUGCCAACAUGUCUCACGAGAUUCGGACGCCCAUUACUGGUGUGAUCGGCAUGGCCGAGUUGCUGCGGGACAUGGAGCUUGACGACGAGCAAACCGAGUAUGUGGAGAACAUUCAGCGGUCGGCCAACGCCCUCUUAACCGUCAUCAACGACAUUCUCGACUUCUCAAAGGUUGAGUCGGGACGCCUUGACAUCGAGGAAGUUCAAUUUUCACUAUCCGUCAUCGUGACAGACGUGAAGAAGAUGCUGAGUUUUGCUGCCGAGCGGAAGAAUCUCGACUUCCGUUCCGAUAUAUCUGGGGAGGUCGAGAACGAUUUGGUCGUUAUUGGAGACCCCGGUCGCGUACGCCAGAUCAUCACAAACCUCCUGACUAACAGCAUCAAGUUCACAAACCAGGGCUAUGUCAAAUUCUCAGUCCAGAAGGAAAAGGAAACGUCAGACAGCAUAGUGGUCAAGUUCAUCGUUGAGGAUAGCGGCAUUGGCAUUGAGGAAGAGGUCCGCAAGAAGCUUUUCCAGCCGUUCAGUCAAGGAGACGCAUCCACAGCGAGAAAGUUUGGCGGCACUGGCUUGGGCUUGACGAUAUGCAAGAACCUUUUGGAGCUCAUGCACGGUGACAUGACGUUGGAAUCGACACUGGGCAAUGGAACCGUCGCAACGUUCUGGGUCCCGUUCAGCAAGCCUCAACAACAACGCGGCGGCCCCCUGGUGGAGAUUGAUUCCAUCCCUGACAGGCUCCAGUCCGAAAUGAGUGUGUCCUGCAACAGCUCAGAAUUUGAGCAACUGCUAAGUACACCCCCAGCCUCCGGCGACUCGUCGCAAUUCCUUUCGGACAAAAACAAAUCGCCUGUUCGACGACUAUCCGUACGAACCCCACCAGCUUCGGAAGAAGAGAUGUUGCCACGUUCUGAACGCGCCAAGAUCCGUGUCCUGGUUGUCGAGGAUAAUGCCAUUAACCAGCAGAUUGCCACCAAGACAAUCAUGAAACUGGGCUUUACUGUAACAGCAGCUUGGAACGGGAAAGAUGCUCUCGAGUAUAUGGCGGCAGCCCAGCAAGGCAGGCACCCCAAGCCGGACAUCAUCCUCAUGGAUGUUCAGAUGCCCGUUAUCGAUGGCUACAAGUGUACGCAUCUACUGCGCCACCAUGUGCCGUACAAGGCCUACGUACAAGACGUACCCAUUGUGGCGAUGACAGCCUCGGCGAUCCAGGGCGACAAAGAGAAGUGCACCAGGGCGGGCAUGGAUGACUACCUUGCCAAGCCGGUCAAGAGCAAGACGUUGGAAAGGAUGUUGGUUCGAUGGAGCUUGGUCAAGAGGCCACAAACACCAGCACUGAAGGUCUCGGACGGCUCCAUAUCGGAUUGCUCAGACACAUCCGAGCAUUGCAGCAACGCGGACAUUCCUGGCAUCGCGCACGACCAGCCGGAUUCGCCAUCGCCCCCAGAUUCGACGCAAGCUGCCGCAGCUUCAAGCCGGCAACGAGGCGAGAGCCGGGAGCCAGACAGGGAGAGCCGGGGUGAUCCGGUGACGCCUCGGCCUCUUACCAGGAACAACUCUUACGAGCCGUCACCAUAUGAUCCUCCGACCGCAGGAGACCCCAUCAAGCCGAUUCGACGCUCCGAGACGGAUGAGCUCGCUUUGCAGGUACAGCAAGGGAAGCUCAUGGACGCGGCUGGGGACAAGAAGCUCCCGCGGCGAGGAGAGUCGUUCCAGACAGUAGUCGCGGGCGAUUCCUUGACGGAAGAAAACGUUGAGAAACUGGAAAAGGAGGAACAUAAUCGAAGGUCAUAG